AUCUGGCACAGUUACCUUCCAAGAUGUCGGGUAUAAUGAAAGUUGUAAUGUAAUCCUGAGAUGUAUCAUGGUCAUUAGACAAGAGUCACUGGGACUUGAUUGAAGAGGAGUUUGAGAUGUGACAGUAUACAUCAGGAGACUUUCUGGAUAUUUCACUGGUAAUUCCGAUGGACAAUUGGUAGUCAUUCGAUACAAUGAUAAAUAGGUUGCGAUCAGGACACAAGCCAAAAUCACAUGACCAAAUGCCGACAUGUGGGAAGGUACCCCCAUCCAAGGAGGAUAUUCUCAGUACGAUGGACCAAUUUGGAGACAUGGAGACAGAUGAUAGCAGUCCCGAGGUCAUCAAUGGAGACAACAACAACAUUAAACGGCUUGCAAGAAAAGACAGCGGAGACACUGGGUCAUGGGACUUUGCUGAUAUAGAACCCCUUGGGGUCAGCAGUCUCUCUAAUGCUUAUGGGGUGGAGUGGGAUAAACUGUUUACAAAACAGAAUUAUCGUCGCUUGUUACGUGCACUCGCAAUGACAGGAAACCUUAGGAGCAGUCGAUUCAGAAGUAUCUGUUGGAAGGUAUUUUUAGAAGUGGUUCCAGAGGAUAUGAGUAGAUGGGUCCCUAAAAUGAAAGAAUGGAGGGACAAGUAUGACGAUCUCAAGAAGAAGUUGAUUAUAAACCCUCGGAAGGCUGUGGACCACUCUGUAUCGGACUUGGUUGUAAAUAAUCCACUGUCACAGGCAGAUGAGAGUCCUUGGAAUCAGUUUUUUUUGGACAAUGAAUUGAGACUGACCAUUAAACAGGAUGUGAUUCGCACCUUUCCAGAGAUUCAGUUUUUUCAAAACCCUGAGCUUCGGGAGCAGAUGAUAAACUUGCUGUUCUGUUAUAGCCGUUCCCAUACCAAUAUCUUGUACAAACAGGGAAUGCACGAAUUGUUAGCUCCUCUGAUUUUUGUUCUCCACUGCGAUCACCAGGCUUUCCUACAUGCAAAUGAGGUGGAAUCACUGGGAGAAAUUGUCAAGGAGAUGAUGGACCCCACAUAUCUGGAACACGAUGCCUAUGCUAUGCUGUGUCAGAUCAUGGAGACGGUAGAACCAUGGUACAACUCCAAGGAUAUGGCUCCAAAGAUGACAAAGGACAAGGUAACAGUGACCUUGUUUGCACGUCCACAGGAUACAAACUCGUCCAUCGCCAUUGUGUCCAAACUGACCCGUGUCCAUGACUACAUCUUAAAGAAGUUUGACCCCGAGCUUCAUCUUCAUCUUGAGAGACUUGAUAUUGCACCACAGAUUUAUGGAAUACGCUGGGUUCGUCUCCUGUUUGGACGAGAAUUCCCCAUGCAGGACCUGCUGGUUUUAUGGGACUCCCUAUUCGCUGAUGGCAUUGGUUUUGACCUUGUUGAUUACGUCUUUGCUUCCAUGUUGCUGUACAUCAGAGAUCUCUUGUUGGCAAGUGAUUACCCACAAUGCCUCAACUGUCUGAUGCGCUACCCUCCUGUGGCUGAUGUCCAUUAUCUAAUAGAGAAAGCCCGCUACCUUCGUGAACCAAACAAUUAUCCACGUCCCCCAAACUACACAGUCCAGACAGUGAACCAGCUGGUCACAAACAAAUCCCAGAAACCAGUGUCACGAGCCAAUGAACAGCCUGCUACUAACAAAGGACGAGCUGCUGGGACAUUGAGUACAAGCCUAUCAUCCUUCACACGUAAAAUGGGUUCAAGGCCAAAGACCCUGAGUAUGGGUCAGAGUCAGAAAAUUUACAAAUCUUCCAGUGUCCCCAUGAACCUUGAAACAGAUAUCUCUCCAGCAAGCCCUCAGUACCCUCAAAAGAAACGGGGAUCAUCAGCCAGUCUAUCACAGGUAGAGGACUCGGUGUUUCGCUCCACCCCCUCACCCGCUAGUCUUGCUCGGAUGGACACACGCAAUCGAUCGAUGGACAAUAGUCCCACGGCCUAUACUCCUGAUGAUGCAGACUCUGCUAACAGCAGCGUGUCACAAUUUGCCACACUACCAAGAGCGCGUAGGAAAGGAAAGAAAGCAGCCAAAGAGGAACAGGAUUUUGAUAACCAGAUGGGUGAGCUUCAAAGCCAGCUCUCAAAGAAGGACUCUAUGUGUAACUACUGUGCCAGCAAACUGGACGUCCACAUAUCUCGUCUCCAGCAUGAGCUGCAGCAACAGGAUAUACAGGGUGAGGACGAGAUCCUCCUUGCCAUCGCAGGUAUCAAACAGGUUCGUGAUGUACUAAAGGGAACUCUUAGAUUCUCCCAGACCUUAAUUGAGGAGGACAACAUGCAGAUCACCGAGAAUCAUUACAUGGAGGAACCGUCUUCAACUUCCCCAGAGUCAGACACCGAGAAAAAGUCAAUGGAUGACAAACACCAAGAGAUGAAAAGGGGAAGUAAAGGAAAGAUGUUUUACAUGAGUAGCGAGGAAAAUUCUGAAGCCGCCGAUUCACCAACAGAUGGCGCUGCGAACAGAUUCAUUAAUAAGGAUGUGGAAUUAUGUGACUAUAGAAUUAGUCGAGGAAAAUCGAACACAUUUACUGAAAGCAAUCGAACAUAUUGUGUUGAGAGUAAGAGUAGAAGGUCUGCCAGUAUGCCCAUUCGUAGCCCAAACCCAUUGUAUAGAGGGGAGUCUUCCGAGGACGAUUAUGUGUCCUGAUUGAGGAGUUGUACAAAUUUUCAUUCAGAAAAUAGGUGUAGAUUUACAAGUAGGCAUUAAUGUUAGAAGUUAGUUUAAAUAAGGUAAAUUCAGUGUAGGACUCAUAAGAAAAAAUAUGUACAGAUAUAUUUAUUUAUUUUAUGUAUAUAUAUAACCUAGUAAUAUAUAAAAUGUGAUGAGGUACUUUGUUAUGUAUAAGUCCACAGUAUAUAUGUCAAUACCCUGGUACUUUGUUAUGUAUAAGUCCACAGUAUAUAUGUCAAUACCCUGGUACUUUGUUAUGUAUAAGUCCACAGUAUAUAUGUCAAUACCCUGGUACUUUGUUAUGUAUAAGUCCACAGUAUAUAUGUCAAUACCCUGGUACUUUACCCAACAUUCCUUUUCAUGUUUCUGUGGUUGUACAAGGAACCGUUGUAGUAUUGAGGUUGUUCAGCCAGAUUGAUAGGAUAUCAUGCCAAAUACUGCCAUUCCCAUGUGUGACAUGAAAAAUAGGCUGAUUCAAGAUAAUAGAGAACUCCUGGAGAAACACUGCCACACUUUACUUCAGAUACCACAAGGUUCAUACAGUUGUAGCUUAUUUUGUGUAUUAUUAAGUUAAUAUAUUUCUGAAUUCUAGAGAUUUCUUCAUAUGUCAGUCUGACGGAAGCUUUAUCACAGAUUUUAAUUCUUCUUCAGGAAAAUUUUGUUGUGUUCAUUUAUCCUUAUAAAAGUCAUGUUUGUUAUUGACUAGUUCGUCAGUUCAUACCGCUGUUUGAAUCAAUGACAUGAGGUGACUUUUCUCUUUUUUCCCCACCUGUGUUUUUCUGGGCAUUGUUUUUUUAUCCAUGAUAGUAAAUCUAUUAAUUCAUUAUGUAGGUCAGUAAAUUUCAUCAUGUGGUUGGCCUUCCAGGAGUAGCAGUGUUUGAUACAUGUUUUAUUCACUAACCUCGCCCAAAGGGCCAAGUGACCUAUAGGGAUACUGUGGCAUCUGUUGUCUGUCAACUUUUCCUAUAAAUUGCAACUGGUCAUGAACGACUGAGCAGAUUUUAAUCAAAUUUGGUCUGAAACAUUGUUGGGGAAAGGGGAACCAUUUUUGUAUAAACAGUUUGUCUGAGGGACAGGGCCCAAUAGGAAAAUCUAUCAAUUUCUCAAAAAUUUAUCUUGUACUUCAGGAACUGCAGGAUAUUGUCUAAAUUUUGUCUGAAGCAUGCUUAGGAGAUGGAAUAUCAGUUUUGUAUAAAUGGUGGGUCCCAGCGCCAUUGGGGCCAGAAGGAUGUGGACCAAUAGGGAUAAUCUAACAAUUUCUUAAAAUCUAUCUUCUUCUGUAGGAAUUGCAUGAUAUUGUUAAAAUUUUGUGCUUGGGCGAAGGGAAAUCAGUUUUGUAUGAAUGGUGGGUUGAAGCAUCCUUUGAUGGGAAAGAGAGCAAAUUCUUCUGUAGGAAUACCUGGAUGCUGUCUCAAUUUGGCCUGCAGCAUGCUUGUGUGAAGAAGAAUCUAUUUUGUAUUAAUGUUGAAUCUAAGCUCUGUAGGGGGGGAAAGGAUGAGGCCAAACAGGCCAAAUUCUUUAAAAAAAACAUUCCUUAUGUUGGAAUUGAAGACAAUCUUUGUGGAGAGAAUUAAGUAUUUUACAAAUAAUGCAUCCCUUUUGGAGGAGGGUGAGUCAUUAAAAUAAAUCAAAUUCAGCUAACUAAACCAGACAAGCGAUACAGGUCCUAUGGGCCUCAUGUCUACCUGAAAUAAGCAUCAACAUAUCAUCCUUCUCAUACAUUCUCAAAACCUGUUGCUACUUCACUGGCUAAUCUGUGCUCAGAUACAUGUAUUUAGAUUAGAUGGAAGGGAGUUAUAUUUUUGCUCCAUUCAGAGUGUCAGAGAUAUACCUGUAAAUGCCUUUCAGCUUGUUUUCCUCAUACCAAAUACAUCACACAAACUAGAUAACUGUUUUCUACCUCACUACACAGGAGAGUGAAAUGAUUGUCAAGUCAUAUAAAUUCUUUCGGAUUUUCUUGGCAGAUCAACAAACAUCAUUAUACUUCAAAGGUGCACAAGAAAGACUAGGUCACCAUCAUCAUAUUCUUUAACUUUGAAGGACAAAGUUGUGACAAGAAAGACUAGGUCACUAUAAUCAUAUUCUUUAACUUUGAAGGACAAAGAUGUGACAAGAAAGACUAGGUCACCAUCAUCAUAUUCUUUAACUUUGAAGGACAAAGUUGUGAUAAGAAAGACUAGGUCACUAUAAUCAUAUUCUUUAACUUUGAAGGACAAAGAUGUGACAAGAAAGACUAGGUCACCAUCAUCAUAUUCUUUAACUUUGAAGGACAAAGAUGUGAUAAGAAAGACUAGGUCACCAUCAUUAUCUUUAACUUUGAAGGACAAAGAUGUGACAAGAAAGACUAGGUCACUAUAAUCAUAUUCUUUAACUUUGAAGGACAAAGAUGUGAUAAGAAAGACUAGGUUACCACCAUCAUAUAUACUUUUACUUCAAAUGGUAAAGGUGUGUCACAUUAUUUGUCUACUGUUGAUUUCAUAACUGCUAGAAAACUCUUCUUUGAUGUAAUGAUAGAUAUUAACUUUCUCUUCACACAUAAACGAUGAGACAUACAUAGUAAAAAGUGGACGUGUUAUCUUCUAUUUCUGAUUAAGAUGACGGGACUACUUGCUGUCUUUAACUGCUGAAUGAUAUUUUCAUCCCUAUACGUCUCAUUUCAAUCCAUUCUUGUGAUCUGAUGUUGGUGGGCUAUACAAAUUACCCUAUGUUCGUUGUCCAACUGUUAAUUAAAAAUUCUUGUUAUCACAGCAUGGAUCUUUCUCAACUUUCAUACAUAGGGUCCCCUUCAUCCCUAGUCACCCAUGAUUGAUUUUGGGACUGAUUAGUAAAACAAAAAUAGCAGACAGGCCGUCUUGGAUUUUGACUUUAAAAAUUUGUUAUCGCUAUUUCUUGGGAACUAUUGAAUAGAUCUUUCUCUAAUUUCAUAUGUAGGUUCCCCUGGGUCCCUAGUUGUGUUGAUUUUGGGACUAAUCAGAAAUAACAAAACGGGCUUACAGGCAAUCUUCCUGGAUUUGGCAGUUAAAGAUUAUUAUCACUAUUUCUCUUAAGGAAUGUUAAAAUUUCUUAUUAAUAGCAAGAAUAGAGAAAAGAAAAUUCAAUUUGUAAAGAACAAACAAAAAUCAAACAAUGAUGAGUGCCAAGAUCCCUCAGGGAUUUCUUGUUUCAUCCUUCUAGGUCUCAUUUCAAUCCAAUUCAAAAUUUGUUCACUAUUCUAGGUUAAGGUAUAAGCAAUUAAUGUGAGUUGUAAAUAUAUCAAAUUAGAGAUAAUUUUAUGUAUAAUGAAAGUUUAUUUACAACAUUUUCCUAUUAAUAUAAUGUUUAAUGUUGUAGACCAUUUAAUGUUUAAAAUGUAUCGCCAACUGAGAAGGACUUCAAACAUUCUAUAAAUAGCCUACCACAUAUGUAUAUUUCAUUUAAAUCACCUGAUACACAUACCGGUAUGUAUUUUCUAUCUCACCAUCCAGAAUGUGUCUACACUGAUAAUUUACUAGUUGCCAGGUUUACAAACAGAGGAAGACCUAUCCAAACCAGGUUGUUUUAUAAACAGAAAACGGUACCAACCAGACCAACUUUCAGGUUCAGAUGUUAAAGAAAUUCUGUGUUUUCCUUUAGUUUUACAACUAAUUUGAUAACCAGAAAACCUGGCACCUUAAUAGACACAGCUGUAUGUAUUUCUGUUAAAAAAACCUGUGUAAUCAAAAAACCUGAAUAAACCAAACUUCAACAUGAGUUAAAGUGCAAAUUUUCCAGAUCAAAAUAAACCCAUGUAAACUGAAAUCUUGUGAUUUUUCAUUUUGACAGGUUCCAGGGUUUCCUUUUUAGUCUGUGUUUAUAUAAAAUCUGUAGAACUAUCAAGUUACUGUACAAAUUAUCGUAGUGAAGGUUUAAAUCAAUCUUAGGUGAUAUAUUUUAAUGCUGGAAGUAGACUUAUUGUGUACAUCAUGAUUAAGGUUGUUUGUGUACAGUUUAAAUGUUAUCAUAAAUCUAAGUACUUGGCUGUAUAUAAACAUUUAAUUUGUUAUAUGCAAAGUGCAUCUUUUAAAGAUGAGUUGUCUUUUUUGUCGUUUUAUACCUCCGAGAGAGAGGGUGUACUGACAGUGGUUUUGUUCAUCAUUUUGUUGACUUUCGCUUGUGCUGCAAAUUUUACUGUUUGUUAACUUUGUAAUCAAAGUCUUUCAUCGAGGAUUAAUUCUUCAAUGACUUCAAAGAUUUCAUCACAAGUAUUAAUAACUUAAAGGUUAAGUGAUGUCCAAAGUAUUCAUGUAAUUGCAGGUCAGGUUUUGCCUCAGGUAAUGUAAGGGUAAUUACUGGUAGACUUUUUAACUGGUCAGUUAGAGGUAAUUAUGACAUUUCAGGUAAGCUUUGUUACUGUUAAUUAUGAGUGUAAAUGUAAAUUUCUUCAAAUCUAAUUACAGAGUCACAGGUAAACAUGUUCUUGAUAGUCUUAAGAUAGUAUUGUCAAACAAUUUUUUUAGUUUUUUUUUGAGUCAGUGUAGUAUACAUUAUACUGUAUCAUCAACUUACUGAAGUAAAUUUUUUCAUCUUUUCCAUCAUAGAUUGUAUUUGUUUAUAUGUAAGUUAUGAUAAUAUAAACACAAUGGACACAAAUAUCUGUCGGGUACAAGUGAUAAUUUACAAACCAGCGAUGCUGAUAUUUACUAUGCUACUGAAAAGUGCAAUAGAAAAUUGUUUCCAUUUUUAUCUUGUAAAAUUGAUGAAUGCUACAAACUAUUUACUAUAAACAAGUUUUCUCAUGAAAA